GUCAAUUGUUACAACAAAGCCAUAAACUCACCCCACCCAUCUCUUCUGAUAUACAGCAAAUAAUAGUUUGCAACUGUCGGAUUCUCUCUCUCUCUCUCUCUCUCUCUCUCUCUCUCUCUCUCUCUCUCUCCACCACUCUUUUUCUAGGUUUUCUAUUAACACCCUUUUCAUCAAACACCACAACCAUAACCAGAAACACUUCUCCAGCUUUUCCUUUUUUAUAUCCAUGGAGGUUGACGAGAGAAGCAGAAAACUCGAUACUUUUGAUUCUGCAUGAAUCUUGAUCAUCUUCACCUUCCAAAGCAAGUCUCAGAAACAAUCUUUACUUCAAUUCAAGAAUGGCAUACCAACAUUAUCGAUCUCCAUUUGGCGACACCACUUUAACCAAAGUGUUUGUUGGUGGCCUUGCUUGGGAGACACAAACUGAUGAAAUGCGUAGAUAUUUCGAACAGUUUGGUGACAUUCUUGAAGCCGUUAUCAUCACCGAUAAAAUCACCGGAAAAUCUAAGGGUUAUGGCUUCGUGACUUAUCGGGAACCUGAAUCAGCAAAAAGAGCUUGUGAAGACCCGAACCCGAUGAUAGAUGGAAGAAGAGCAAACUGUAAUAUCGCAUCUCUUGGUCGUCCUCGAGCUUCUCCUCAAGGAAGGAAUCAAGGUGGGAAUAUUAAUAUCGCAUAUCAAGGAACAAAUACAAUGGGCCAAGGUGCAUCAUCAUCUUACAGUGGUGUAGCACCACCACGAGCUCCUCCUCCACCACCUCCACCACCUCCUUCCGUCAUGUAUCCACCAUAUGGAUACGCGACGUACGCACCUGAUUACUCUUACCAGCAAGCAAUGUACAAUCCAGCACUUCAACAGGCAUACUAUCAUCAAAUGUAUGGGCCCACAGGUACACCGUAUUAUUAUGGGUAUCCCACCACCCAAUCACCCACACCCAGAGGAACAUUUGCUGCUUCUGCCCCUGGUGCACUAACACUAACACCACAUCAGGCGCAACGUAUCCAUGGACCAUCUUAUCUUUACUAUCCUACGCCUUCCCAGAUGGACCCCUCAACAUUCCCUGGCUAUCUUACGCCACCACCUCCCCCUCUCCUACUACCCACGAGGCAUCCUUUUCCUUCUCCCUCCCCCACGGGUUCACAGACUCCACAAAAUACAACAACUGAAACAGAAGGAGGUGUGGUAACUUCAGAGAGUCCAAAUGCCUGAAACUGGUGAAAAACAUACACAUGGGGGGCAAAAAGCAAACAAAAUACGAUAUUGACAAAUUUUCAUCAAUGGUCCUUAAACUCUCUGUAUUCUUCAUUUUUUUCUGAAAGAAUCAUAAAUAAUUUCGUUUUGGUCACAAAGAUGGACCGGUGGAACGCAUCAUGCUGAUUAUUCUUUUUCCUCACAUUGAGAGUAAUUAUUCUUUUACUCACUUUAUUCUUUUUUUUUUCUUCCGUUAAUGGUUAAUAUUGUAUUUUCCCUCUAAAUAAUCAUUCUUUCUUGGUUUAUAUUGUUGGCAAAACUGACACCUUUUGUUUGAUCUUUUGUAUUUAUAUUAUCCAUCAAAAUGAUAUUUUCGUAAUGAUCCAAUGGAAC